AACAGAUAAAACUAGUCUGUCACCAAUUCCAAACUUAAACUUGGACGAAAAUCCAUUGUUAGAUUCAUUUUUCCGUUCUCACACAUCAAAUUUUGUUCGAAAAAGAACUCGACAGAACUCACUCUCUCCCUCUUUUCUCUGUUAAAACGUCAAAAGACCCGCCUUUCUCAUAAUCUCUAUUUCUUUGUCGUCGAGACCAACCUUGGAUCUUCCUCUGAUCCCCAAAACCCUGAUUUGUAGUUCGUUUUAAAUCUGUCCAAAACCCUAAUCACAGUUCUACCAGAUCCAAUUACCCAUUCAUUGAUCGAUCCAAUCCGCUCUGAUCCUGUUGAUCCUGUUCAAUGGAUAGUUUUGAAUGAACAAUUUUUCUUCCUAUAAUUGUUGAGAUAAAAAGUUGAGAGAUUUUACGUUGGUUUGGAUAAUUGAACAUGGCAGCUUCUGUGCCUCCAGGGGCACCUAGGCAACAAACACCCCCGCCUAAUUAUAACCCUAAUUAUCAGCAGAAUCCCAAUGCAUUAUCUGAUAAUUUGCAGAAUCUGAACCUCAACCGGCCUCCCUCGAUGCCCAAUUCAGCUCCUAGGCCGUUACCAUUUGGUCAACCACCAUCAUUUCCUUCCUCCGCCCCUGCGCCAUCAUUCUCCCGCCCAGGCCCACCACCUCCUGGUGCAGCUCCUAGACCCUCGGUGCCUCCCUCAGGGUCCCCACCACCUACAUUACCCUCAAACGUAGGUCUAGGUAGACCCACUGUGCCACCUUUUAGCCAGCCUUCACCUUUUGGUUCCAGACCACCUCCUGGGUCAUUUGGCCUUUCUUCUGGGGUACCAUCUCAAGCAUCACUGGCACCAUCUCUGGGUGCUCGUCCAAGUCCUACUGCAUCUUCUGCUGCACCAUUGUCUGUGCCCCUCUCAAGUCCAUCAGGUGGUUUAGUCAGUAACGGGCCAGCUGCACCACCUUUCAAUGCCGGACCAAGGUUUCCUCUAGCCAGCAGUUCACCACAGCAACCACCAAUGGGCCCUCCACCAACCAUGGGGGUAGCUCGGGCACCUUCCCUGGUGCCAAGCCUGCGCCCCUUGACGGGAAGUUCUGGGAUCGGUGCUCAACAGGUACCUCCAUUUUCAGCACCACCUCAAGGGACGCCAUUAUCUUCAGCACCACUUCAAGGGACUCCAUUUUCAGCACCACUUCAAGGGACUCCAUUUUCAGCACCACCUCAAGUUGCUCCAUUCUCUGCACCACCUCAAGGGGUAGCACCGCCAAUGGGUUUUCCUUAUGGACAACAGACUCAAGCACAGUCAGUGGCUCCGCCUCCACAAAUUCCUGGUUCACAACCUCCUAGAAUGUAUGGAAUGCCACCGCCACUACCAAAUCAAAUGACUGCUAUAUCGCCAGUUGUUGGACAAACGGGAGGUUCUUUGGCAGGAUCAUCAAAAAUCGAUCCCAAUCAAAUUCCACGGCCCAUUCCAGGUUCUGCUGUGCUUCUGCAUGACACUCGUCAAGGCAAUCAAGCUAACCCGCCUCCGCCUGCUACUAGUGAUUACAUUGUUAGAGACACAGGGAAUUGCAGUCCGCGCUACAUGAGGUGCACAAUCAAUCAGAUUCCAUGCACUGUUGAUCUUUUGACAACAUCCGGCAUGCAGCUGGCUUUGUUGGUUCAACCUUUGGCUCUUCCUCACCCAUCUGAGGAGCCCAUCCAGCUGGUGGAUUUUGGAGAAAGUGGUCCUGUCCGUUGUUCGCGUUGCAAGGGUUAUAUAAAUCCUUUCAUGAAAUUCAUUGAUCAAGGAAGGCGGUUUAUCUGUAACUUGUGUGGAUUUACGGAUGAGACACCCCGUGAUUACCACUGCAAUCUGGGACCAGAUGGUAGGCGCAGAGAUGCUGAUGAAAGGCCUGAGCUAUGCAGGGGAACAGUUGAAUUUGUUGCCACAAAAGAAUAUAUGGUGCGUGAUCCCAUGCCAGCUGUGUAUUUCUUCCUUAUUGAUGUUUCCAUGAAUGCCAUACAAACUGGUGCAACUGCUGCAGCUUGUAGUUCAAUCAAUCAAGUUAUUGCUGAUCUUCCAGAAGGACCUAGGACAAUGGUGGGAGUUGCAACAUUCGAUUCUACAAUCCAUUUUUACAAUUUGAAACGCGCAUUACAGCAGCCAUUGAUGCUUAUCGUUCCUGAUAUACAAGAUGUUUACACUCCUCUGCAAACUGAUGUUAUUGUUCCACUUUCUGAGUGCCGACAACAUUUAGAGCUAUUACUGGAAAGCAUUCCGAGCAUGUUUCAGAAUAGUAGAACAGCUGAAUCAGCCUUUGGUGCUGCAAUCAAGGCAGUUUUCUUGGCAAUGAAGAGCAUUGGAGGAAAACUUUUGGUAUUUCAAUCAGUGUUGCCGUCGGUUGGCAUCAGUGCUCUUUCUGCCAGAGAGGCUGAGGGAAGGAGUAACGUGUCUGCUGGGGAGAAGGAGGCCCACAAAUUACUUCAACCAGCAGACAAAACGUUGAAAGAAAUGGCAAUUGAAUUUGCCGAGUAUCAGGUCUGCGUUGAUGUAUUUAUCACUACCCAGACAUACGUGGACAUUGCAUCUAUCUCUGUCAUCCCAAAAACUACUGGAGGACAGGUUUAUUAUUAUUAUCCUUUCUCAGCGCUUUCUGAUCCUGCAAAGCUUUACAAUGAUCUUAGAUGGAAUGUCACAAGGCCUCAAGGAUUUGAGGCAGUGAUGCGUGUGAGAUGCAGCCAGGGUAUUCAAGUUCAACAAUACUAUGGAAACUUUUGUAAGCGGAUUCCAACUGAUGUUGAUCUACCUGGGAUUGAUUGUGAUAAAACUAUAAUGGUGACAUUGAAACAUGAUGACAAGUUGCAGGAUGGCUCAGAGUGUGCCUUUCAGUGUGCCCUUCUCUACACUACGGUGUAUGGCCAAAGAAGAAUUCGUGUUACAACUUUAUCACUACCAUGCACAAAUAAUUUAAGUAAUUUGUUCCGCAUGGCUGACUUGGACACUCAAUUUGUAUGCUUCUUAAAGCAAG